AUGGAUCUUCAGUACCGACAAAAAUCAAUAAUUAUAUUACUUUUUAUAUUAGAAGCUAUUAUAAAAAAUAAAAAUAUACAAAUGCAAAGAUCUGAUCAUCUUUUAACUGUCCUUACCAUAACAAAUAUAAUUUUAUCAACAGUUUAUUUUCCAUCCAGUAUAAGAUUGCAACAUCAGCCAAGACCUAAAACUAAAGGGUUCUGGACAGAUGUUUUCCCAUACUUAGUAGAUGGAGAAGGUUAUAAUUCUUUUAAGCAUUACUUUCGUAUAACUCUUACUACUUUUUGUGCUAUUGUAACUCAAUUAGAAACCCACCAAGCUUUUACUUUAGAUGUCUCUAAUGCAACACCUGUAUGGAAACAAAUUGCCAUUGUAUUAUGGCAAUUAGCAAAUGGAUUUGGAAUAAGAGUGUUAGAAUAAACACUUGGAAUAAAUUAAGGAUCUAAUUUGAAUAUGAGGAAACUGGUCUAGGGCAUCGCAAACUGCCUAAUGUUAUUGGUG